UUAAAGCAGAGCAAGAUGUUGAAUUAUGACUCUUUCAGUGUGUCGUAUAAUGAUCUUGUGAUUAUAACGAAAGGAGGUCGCGUCAAACUCUCAGAAUUACAAACAACUGCCAAAGAUUUUAAAACAGAAAAUAUGGGCUGUUGUCUUAAAGAUCGGGACAUACUUCAGUUGUCAUCGUGGCUAGGGGAAGAUUGUCACUUCAAACUUCUGUACAAAAUAAGCCGAGACGGAGGGUCAGCAGAGAAGUUUCACGAGUUAUGUGACAACAAAGGACCCACUGUGACCAUCUUCUACAACACGGAUAACAACGUGUAUGGGGGAUAUCUGUCACGGAGCUGGCAGAGAAGUGGGGGCUGGAUUACGGACGGAUCCUCCUUUCUGUUUCAGUUAUACAGCAACAGGAAAUGGAAUCCAAAUAUGUUUGAAGUAAAAGAUACGGAAAGCAAUGUUUACUUUGAUGAGGAUCAUGGACCAAAAUUUGAAGAUUUGAACUCAUUUAGCGGAAUAAUUGAGAAAACCUCUGAUUACUAUGAAAUGAUUAAAGAUGAUUUGUUCCGCAAUAGUUACUAUGAAACUAGAGACACUGACGCCGAAUCGAUUGCGAAUGGUCAUAACAACGUGACAGACCUAGAAGUUUACCUAGUGAAAGAGGGUCUUCGUAAACCUUGGCAAGAACCACCAGUUUGGGAACCGCAGACACUUGAAAGUCUUAAAAAAUUCAUCGGAUCUUUUGAACCGAAUGAAGAGUUGAAUGUACCAGAAGUCAACAUUCUACUUGUCGGUCAGGUGGGCGCGGGAAAAUCCAGUGUCGUUAACACAAUCAACUCCAUUUGGAAAGGAGAGAUCUCUACCAGAUCCUGGGCUGGAAGUUCCGAGCACAGUUUAACAACAAGUUUCACUAGGUAUAAAAUCCGGGACCCUUCUACUGGAACAUAUCUGAAGUUUCGGCUGUGCGAUAUGAGGGGAUUAGAAGGGGACAUGAACGUAAAAUCGGAGGAUAUUGCAUCUCUUCUUGACGGCCAUAUUCCAAACAAAUACAAGUUCAAUCCUGCGGCUCCUGCUACCAAAGACACCCCUGGAUUUGUAAAGGAACCCACGAUAAAAGACAUGAUACACACGGUAGUAUUUGUAAUCGAUGGGAGCAAUGUCGAAGUGAUGCCAGACGAGAUUGUCAAGAAACUGAAAGAUAUAAAGGAGAUGCUUAUCGUGAGAGACAUUCCUCUGAUGGUGUUUGAAACAAAGAUUGACAAGGUUUGCAGCGAAGUUGACAAAGAUGUUGAAGAAGUGUUUUAUAGUGAGACCGUGAAGACGUCUGUGGAUAAAGUGGCUGAUGUUAUUGCCAUCCCACGAAGUCACGUGUUCCCGAUAAAGAAUUAUGAAAAAGAAGGGUCUCUCCAGACAGGCAUUAGCAUUUUAGCUCUGAGGGCAUUAAAACAGGCUUUACUUUUCAGCGAAGACUUCUUAGAAAACCAGUCCUAAACUGUAAGGGUGAUCCAUUGACUUUUACUGUAGAAAUGUAUUUUCAUAAUAGGUCAUACAUUUACAUGAUACUAUUGUGAAUAAACAGUAAAGUCAACUUGCCUGAAAUUGAACAAAAUUAAUUCUUAGUAGUCAAAAUACGUGCAAUGAUAUUCACCAGUCUUAAAUAAAGUUGAAUAAAAAAUAUAAUAUUU